AUGGGUAUCGAUCUCGACCGCCACCACGUGCGCAACAGCCACCGCAAGGCGCCCAAGAGCGACAAUGCGUACCUCAAGCUGCUCGUGAAGCUGUACCGCUUCCUGGCUCGUCGUACCGACUCUGCCUUCAACAAGGUUGUCCUGCGCCGCCUCUUUACCUCCCGCAUCAACCGCCCUCCCGUCUCCCUGUCCCGCGUCAAGGCCAACCUGAAGAACGGCAACGACAAGAAGACGGUCGUUGUUGUCGGCACCGUCACCGACGACAACCGCCUGCUCGAGGUCCCCAAGGUCCAGAUCGCUGCUCUGCGGUUCACCGCCACCGCCCGCGCGCGCAUCCUGGCCGCCGGCGGCAGCGCCCUGACCCUCGACCAGCUCGCUCUUGAGAAGCCCACCGGUGCCAACACCCUGCUCCUGCGUGGCCCCAAGAACAACCGUGAGGCCGUCAAGCACUUCGGCUUCGGUCCCCACAAGAACAAGAAGCCCCACGUUCUCUCCAAGGGCCGCAAGUUCGAGCGUGCCCGUGGUCGCAGACGCUCGCGCGGUUUCAAGGUGUAA